AUGGCCAACGAUUACGGCAUUACGGGGCCAGAGUUACAAUACCUGGUUGCUGGAAAAGACAAAGUGAAUGAUCCAGCCUCCCAGGCGCAAUGGGCCUCCAAGAAGUUGGUGUGGGUGCCCAGCGAACAGCACGGCUUCGUUCCUGCCUCACUCAUUGAGGACAAAGGAGACGAAGUGACAGUUGAAAUUCAGGAGACCAACAAGAGGGUGAAGCUGAACAAAGAUGAUGUCCAGAAGAUGAAUCCUCCAAAGUUCAAUAAGGUGGAGGACAUGGCUGAACUGACCUGUCUCAACGAAGCUUCAGUCCUGCAUAACCUGAAGGAGAGAUAUUACUCUGGAUUAAUCUAUACAUAUUCAGGAUUGUUCUGUGUUGUGGUGAACCCUUACAAGAGGCUCCCAAUCUACACUGAGAAGGUCAUAGAAUUGUACAAGGGCAAGAAGAGACAUGAGGUGCCCCCACACGUCUACGCCAUCACGGACCAGGCCUAUCGUAACAUGCUUCAAGAUCACAUCCACAUGCACGGCUUUAAAAUUAUGAUAGUGAUAGCAUUAUACAGCAUAGAGACAUAUAAUUUAUGUACAUUCUGGUAA